CUUCAGGCUACAUUAUAUUUGCUCUUUUGGUGAACAAGGUUCACAUAUAUUGCCAAAAUAUGUCCACUCUCCUGGAAAACAUCUUUGGCAUCAUUGAUCUUUUCAUGAAAUAUUCAAAAAAAGAUAAAAACACUGAAUCACUGAGCAAAAACGAGCUGAAGGAACUUCUGGAUAAUGAGUUUUGGCCAAUCCUGAAGAAUCCAGAUGACCCAGAUACAGUUGAGGUCUUCAUGGACAACCUGGAUAUAGAUAACAACAAAAAAAUUGACUUCACUGAGUUUCUCCUGAUGAUAUUCAAGUUGGCUAAGGCAUAUUAUGAGUUGAACAGAAAACAGAAUUUAUCUACAUCAGGACACAGGCACAAAAGGCACAGUCAUCAUGAGAAACACGAAGAUGACAAAGAGGAAGAAGAAAAACAAAAGAAAAUCAGACCCUCAAGUCUGGAAAGAAACAAAAGAAAAGAAAAUAAGGAAAGAUCCAAGAGCCCAAGAGAAAAAGGGAGAAAAAUACAUGAAUCACUGCCUGAGAAAAAAGGAAGAAAAGAAUAUUCACCUACUCAGAGAGGAGAGGAAAAACAUGGAAAAACACGCCAUGAGUUAAGGAAUAAGAAGAGAAACAAGACUGACAAUAGCAGAUUAGAAGACAAAGAAGAGGAACGAAGCGUAAGUCCCUAUAGAAGAAAAGAGGAAGAGGAAGAAGAAUUUGAUUAUGAAAAUACAGGAAGAAUGAUUGAAAAAUGGAGAGAAACAGGAGAUACUGCCACAUAUUACACAAUUCAGAAUAAAGUGUAUGGUGCAAAUGAUAACCAAAUAGAAAAACACAAUAAACUAAAGCCUGCAAGUGCAUCUUAUAAUCAAUCAUCAUCUCAAGAAGAAAGGUCUAGAUAUGCAGAUUCGAAUCAAAAACAAUCUUCAGUGGCCAGAACCACUAGGCGCCGGGGAUCCAGCAUUAGCCGGGAGAGUUACAGCGAGGGACACUCGGAAUCUGACUCUGAGAGGCGGUCUGGGUCUGGUUCCAGAGACCAUCAUUGGUCCGCUAGGGAGCAGUCGAGAGAUGGCUCCAGGCACCGCGGGUCCCAUCACGGAGACAGAGCCGGUCACGGGCACUUGGCAGACAGCUCCAGACAGUCAGGCGCUCGUCACGCAGACACUUCCUCUCGUGGGCGGGCUGCGUCUUCCCAGGAGCAGGCAGCAUCAAGCCCAGGAGGAAGACACGGAUCCCGCCACGAGCACUCAGCAGACAGCUCUGGACACUCAGGCACCGGCCGUGGACAAUCCUCAUCUGCAGUCGGCCGCCAUGGACACUCGGAGUCCAGUGGUAGUCAGGCCAGUGACAGCCAGGCGCAUUCAGAAGACUCAGACUCACAGUCAGUGUCAGGCCACACACAGGCUGGGCACAGUCAGCGGAGCCACCAUGAGUCCGCACGCGGCCGGUCAGGGGAAAGGUCUGGACGUUCAGGCCCUUUCCUGUACCAGGUGACCACUCACGAACAGUCUGAGUCCGCCCACGGACACUCCGGGCCCGGCACUGGAGGAAGACAAGGGUCCCGCCACGAGCAUGCACGAGACGGCUCCAGGCACUCAGCGUCCCAUGAGGGUCAGGACGCCACUGGUGGACAGCCGGGGUCAAGCAGAGGAGGAAGGCAGGGAUCCCACCACGAGCAGUCGGGAGACAGCUCCGGACACUCAGGGUCCCAUCACCGCCACACGGCUUCCCAGGGCAGGUCUGAUGCCUCCCGUGGGCACUCUGGAUCCACAAGUGCAAGCCGACAAACACGUAGCCAGGAACAGUCAGGAGACGGCCCCAGGUACUCAGGGUCGCAUCACCACGAGGCUUCCACUCGGGCAGACAGCUCUAGACACUCACAGUCGGGCCAGGGACCAUCAGCGGGCUCCAGGGCCAGCAGGCGCCGGGGAUCCAGUGUUAGCCAGGAGAGCCACAGCGAGGGACACUCGGAAUCUGACUCCGAGAGGCGGUCUGGGUCUGGUUCCAGAGACCAUCAUGGGUCCGCUCGGGAGCAGUCGAGAGAUGGCUCCAGGCACCGCGGGUCCCAUYACGGAGACAGAGCCGGUCACGGGCACUCGGCAGACAGCUCCAGACAGUCAGGCGCUCGUCACGCAGACACUUCCUCUCGUGGGCGGGCUGCGUCUUCCCAGGAGCAGGCAGCAUCAAGCCCAGGAGGAAGACACGGAUCCCGCCACGAGCACUCAGCAGACAGCUCUGGACACUCAGGCACCGGCCGUGGACAAUCCUCAUCUGCAGUCGGCCRCCAUGGACACUCGGAGUCCAGUGGUAGUCAGGCCAGUGACAGCCAGGCGCAUUCAGAAGACKCAGACUCACAGUCAGUGUCAGGCCACACACAGGCUGGGCACAGUCAGCGGAGCCACCAUGAGUCCGCACGCGGCCGGUCAGGGGAAAGGUCUGGACGUUCAGGCCCUUUCCUGUACCAGGUGACCACUCACGAACAGUCUGAGUCCGCCCACGGACACUCCGGGCCCGGCACUGGAGGAAGACAAGGGUCCCGCCACGAGCAUGCACGAGACGGCUCCAGGCACUCAGCGUCCCAUGAGGGUCAGGACGCCACUGGUGGACAGCCGGGGUCAAGCAGAGGAGGAAGGCAGGGAUCCCACCACGAGCAGUCGGGAGACAGCUCCGGACACUCAGGGUCCCAUCACCGCCACACGGCUUCCCAGGGCAGGUCUGAUGCCUCCCGUGGGCACUCUGGAUCCACAAGUGCAAGCCGACAAACACGUAGCCAGGAACAGUCAGGAGACGGCCCCAGGUACUCAGGGUCGCAUCACCACGAGGCUUCCACUCGGGCAGACAGCUCUAGACACUCACAGUCGGGCCAGGGACCAUCAGCGGGCUCCAGGGCCAGCAGGCGCCGGGGAUCCAGCGUUAGCCAGGAGAGCCACAGCGAGGGACACUCGGAAUCUGACUCCAAGAGGCGGUCUGGGUCUGGUUCCAGAGACCAUCAUGGGUCCGCUCGGGAGCAGUCGAGAGAUGGCUCCAGGCACCCAGAGUUCCAACAGGACGAUAGAGCUUGUUAUGGGCACCCCUCCUCUGUAUUGUCAGACUCUAGUACCAGCAAGGAACAUGCUCACUCUAGUAUUCUUUCACAAGAUUCUGAAUAUUGUUCAGGAAUACAGUCAAGCGGCAAUGAUGACACUUCUUGUUCUCAUGAGUUUCACUCUGAUAGUACUGAAAGGCAUGGAGAUCAAUCAGAUUUAGUUUGGAGACAUGGCAGCUAUGGCAGUGCAGAUUAUGAUUAUGGUGAAGCUGGGUUUAGUCACUCUCAGGGUGGAAGUGUUAGUUACAAUUCCAACCCGGAGGUUUUUAAGGAAAGAUAUAAUAUCAAAAAAGCAAGGUCAUUUGUUGAAGAUCAUCCAAGGUUUUAUGGAACGUAUAUUAAUAGGUACCCAGGUUUAUAUGGGCGUUCAAGUGAUUUGUCAAAGAAGCUGGGAUUUAGUCAGUCACAGAGAUACUAUUUCUACGAGUAAGAAACAAAUAUCAAAGGAAUUUGUCCAAGAAUAGAAGAACCAGGCAAAAACCGUUUCAAUCUAGAAACUUCAUAAUACUUUCAGGGAGGUUAUUUUUUUCCUGUCAAUCUGUUUAAAAUAUGUUACAGUGUUUCACUGGUUUGGUGUUAGUUUAUUCUUAGUAUGUAUGCUUUAAGCUUUAUAGUUUGGAAAUUUUAAAUUUAAGAGAUCAAUAUUAUGGAGAGCUAACUUUAGAAAAGUAGGAGUAUUUUAGGAGAUUGAGGGUCAAGUAAUGUUUCAUGUUUUUGAGAGUUUAAGUUUUGGAUAUUAUCCAAAUUUCUAAAUUAAUGUUUUCCAGAAAUAUUGAAGACACUAGAAAUAUAAAACUAUUCUUUUGCAUACCAAUGUUUAUAUCAACAUUAGUGCUUAGGACAUCUUUCUC